AUCAGUCAUCACACAGCACACACAAAAAAGCUUAAGUUUUCCGUAUACAUGAUAUAUACUACUCCUAUAUGGUGUCUGUAUAUCCAACACAACCACCGGGUCAAGAUAUCCACUACAUGGGGGAUCCGAUGAAAACGGGUCUGAUGGGUUUGCAUUCGGGUACUAAUGGAGCGGGUAUACAUGGGAAUACGGGUUUAGUGGUACCCGAUGAUCAUAACAAGAAGACAAGGAAGCCAUAUACAAUUACAAAGUCUAGAGAGAGUUGGACUGAGCAAGAGCAUGACAAGUUUCUUGAAGCUCUUCAACUCUUUGACCGUGAUUGGAAAAAGAUUGAAGCAUUUGUUGGGUCGAAGACUGUUAUCCAGAUACGGAGCCAUGCACAGAAAUACUUUCUGAAGGUCCAGAAGAGUGGAGCAAGUGAGCAUUUACCUCCCCCACGCCCAAAGAGAAAGGCAGCUCAUCCUUAUCCACAAAAAGCUCCUAAAAAGGUUAUAUCCCAAGUUGGCAGCAUCCAAUUUCAACCUCCAGGAGUUUUGCCUGAACCAGGAUUUAGUAUCGGGCCUGAUUCUUUAUCAUUGCCUGGAAAUACGAUUAACUUUUCUCCCUGGACUUACGACAAUGUGCCUGCUAUCAGCACGACACAGAUGAGAAAAGAUGAUGCACAAUUAUCCAGUGGAGGAGUCAUGCGAAAUUGCAGCAGUAGUAGUAAUGAGAGCAUGCCUAGGAUUUGUAUGACUAAAGAGGGGAACGACCAAAAGGACUGCGGGAAGCAAAUGAAAGUUAUGCCAGACUUUUCUCAAGUUUACAGCUUCAUUGGCAGUGUCUUUGACCCAAGUACGAGGGACCACUUGCAGAGGCUAAAAAAGAUGGACCCCAUAGACAUUCAGACGACACUGAUGUUGAUGAAGAAUCUAUCCUUCAAUUUAUCGAGCCCUGAAUUCGAGGAUCAUAAGAGGUUGCUUUCAUCAUAUGGUUGGGGCACUGAAACAGAUAAAAUGGACCUUCCUAUAAAAGCUGAUAUCCGAGAGAAUGCAAUCCAAGCUGUCUAGGAAGCUGGAGGAAGGUUCAGAUGAUCCAUAGAGCUGGUGGAGACGACGGUAAAAAGAGAAAAUGGGUAAUGAAAAGAUGCGCGGCUUGUGCAUCUUAGUAUGUUCAUAUGCUUUGAACUGGCAAGGUGCUCGUAGUGUUGCCAUCUCCAUGCUGUAUAUACUUUUGGGAGAGCAAUGCGGGAGUAGUGUAUGCUCUGAGAUGUUGUAUAUACUUGUGGAGAGCAGAUCGUGUAGGGCUUGUGCUGUACUAUAGGUUAGAUCAUGCAGUGCUUGUGUUGUAUAUUGUGGAGGGUUGUGCCCUCAUGGGUUUUGUCCUAAAAACGUGUAAUAGGUCAAAGACACUUUGUAGCAGUGUGUUUGGCAUACUGUUUGACAUGUUGAGAAGAAACGAAACGAACUUUUGUGGUUUUGAGUAAAUGGAUCGGUGACCUGAAUGAUAAAAAUUGUGAAGGUGGAAAGGAA